GACUCAUGAAAUGGCGUGUUCGUAAAUAUUAUUGUUAAUUUUAUCUGCGAAAUAAGUGAAAUAUCAUGCGCUGAUUGGUUCAUUUUCAUUUUGUCUUGCGAUAGCGUUGUGCGCAGGAAGCUUCGAAUAGCUGUGUUUCUAACACCAUGCUAAACGCAUUUGUAUUCUCUACCACAUGGCAUGACUCAGGCUGGGGGCGCGCAUUGAACUCUAUAGAUGGCCUCGAUUGAACUUUGAAGUUGACCCCUUCCUACCAAGCGACGAGGAGACAAGCGAGGCACGAAGGAACCCAACCCAACGAGGUGACAAUGGCUGACAGCAAUGAAUGCAAGAUGGAUCCGGUCUACAGGCCAGGGGAGGCUGCUAUCAAAGCAGAAUUUCUGUUGCCUAUAAAUAAAGAUGGUGCAGGGGAGCCACAGAAUGAAGAAAGCAAGAGCGACCUCUCUGAGGAUGUAACAGCCAAAAGAAUCAAACUGUCUGAUGAUGGAGCACCAGAAACCAGCAGUGCAGACAAUGCACAACCUGUGGAUGAUGGGCAAGAAAAGGAAGCAGGCCACCAGAAAGAAAAACAGCGAGGCCGUAACAAGCAGCGUCCGGGCCGAGCUCGUCAGCCGCCCUCUGAGAAGUUGUGUCCGGUGCUGAAGGACGUGCUGGCCUCGGAGCCGGAGCCGCGCUGCACCUUCCCCGGCCAGUGUCACUUCCUACACGACCCGGCCGCCUACCUGGCCAAGAAGCCGGCUGACCUCGGGCCGCGCUGCUAUAUGUACGAGGAGCACGGCCGCUGUCCGUCCGGGCUGACCUGCAGAUUCGGUGCGUCGCACACCACGCCGGAGCACCGGAGCAGCGAGGGGGAUCCGGAGAAGUGGGCUGCCUACCAGGCGCUGCGCCCCACGCGGAACGCGCUCACCAAGGAUGUACAGCGGCAGCUCUGGAAGCGCCGCUACGACUUCUCGGUGUCUAACGCGGCGGUGCAGCGGUUCGACCGGCGGCCGUCGUCGGCACAGAGGGGCGGGCAGAGACAGAGACCGGGCCGGCGGCCGGCCGAGGGGACCGGAGAGGUGCCGCCAGCUCAGAACGGCGUGGGACCAGAUGUCCCCAUGACGACCCCUGAAACUGCUCCUGCCGCCGCAGCCGGCUCUGAGACAACCACUUCUACUGCUACCGACCCAGCUGUCCCCUCGGACACCUGUGUAGCUACCUCUGGAACUACCGCGGCUCCCGCUCCGGGCCAGGACGCCAUCUCCGCGGAAGGCCCCGCUGUGGCGGACAUGAACACGUCUCCUGCUCCCGGUGUGGUGUCGGUGGCAGCAGGGAACACUACUAGACCGGUCGACGGACGUGGGGACAGCGCUCAGUCGACGGUCUGCUUGGAGAAGCCGAUUGGAUCCCACUCGGACACAGACCUCGUGAAGCCCCGACCGGCCGAGAAAAAGAAGGUGGACUGGCAGGACCAGCUGUACCUUGCGCCGCUCACCACGGUCGGUAACCUGCCGUUCCGCCGACUGUGCCGACGACUGGGUGCCGACAUCACGUGCGGAGAGAUGGCCAUGGCUACCAACCUGCUACAGGGCGCCCAGGCCGAGUGGGCGCUCGUGCGACGGCACCAUUCCGAGAAGGUGUUCGGCGCCCAGAUCUGCGGCAACAACCCGGGCGUGUUAACCCGGUGUGCCCAGCUGCUGAACGAGACCUGUGAGCUGGACUUCAUCGACAUUAACCUCGGCUGUCCGAUCGACCUGGUCUACCAGCAGGGCGGCGGUAGUGCUAUGAUGCGUAAACGCUCCAUGCUAGAAAACACCUGCCGAAGCAUCUCGUCCGUCAUCGAUAUCCCGCUGACGCUGAAGAUGCGGACGGGUGUGUUCCGCGGCGCCAACAUCGCGCACGACCUCAUCACCUCUGCCGCCGACUGGGGCGUAGACAUGGUCACGCUGCACGGCCGGUCUCGGGAGCAGCGCUACACAAAGCUGGCCGACUGGCAGUAUGUGGCCGAGUGUUCGCGAGCUGCCCACCCCCUCCCUCUGUACGGUAACGGGGACGUCCUCUCCUGGGAGGAGUAUGAGGCCAAGAAGGCCGCCUCGGGCGUGGCUGGCAUCAUGGUGGCACGCGGUGCACUCAUCAAACCGUGGCUCUUCACGGAGAUCAAGGAGCGUCGCACCUGGGACAUCAGGUCUUCGGAGCGGUUAGAUCUGCUCAAGGAGUACACCAACUACGGGCUGGAGCACUGGGGCAGCGACACGGAGGGUGUGGAGAAGACGCGUCGCUUCCUGCUGGAGUGGCUGUCGUUCCUGUACCGGUACAUCCCGGCGGGCCUGCUGGAGCGACCCCCGCAGCGCAUCAACGAGCGUCCGCCGGCCUUCCGCGGCCGGGACGACCUGGAGACGCUGAUGGCGAGCGGCAACUGCCGCGACUGGGUCACCAUCAGCGAGAUGCUGCUGGGCAAGGUGCCCGAUUCAUUCGAGUUCCUUCCCAAGCACAAGGCCAACUCGUACGGCUAGUCGCCUCUCAGUCAGCUCAGUCUAGCUUCCGUCGUCACACUUCAAGGGAACAAUGUGAUCAGGCCGGCGCCGCCAGUUUUGACCCAGCUGACCCCUUUGGUCGUGGGGUGUGAUCAAAGCAUCACUGAGGUCAGUCAGCUUAGCCUCAGGGAGUGUGAUUUUUUGAACGUAUAUCAAAGAUGGACUCCUGUCCAGCCAACUGGUAUAGUGCCGAAUCUCGGGAACGAAACUGUGGUUUGAAAUUGAAACGAAAUGUGAUGAGGUGAAAUUGUGUGAUGAAUGUUCGUGUGAUUUGAUGCUGCGUGUCGUACUGUUUGAACGCUACACGACUUUGUUUUGUUGACUCGUGGCUCGGCUUUGCGUUGUUGACGGUCAGUUGUUUCCAGUGGUAAUUGGGCACAUUGAUGGCUUGGUUUUAUGAGGUGAUUUUGCGGUCCGCUUCUAUUUGCUCAACGUUUUAAGCACUUUUUCUACUGGUUGCGUAAUAAGAAAGUCACUAAAAUAUCUUCAAAAGACACAGCUGCUAACUAGAACAGCUGAGCCUGCUGUCAGUUGAUUCAAGGGUUUGUUUAUGUCUUGUCCUUUUCUAUGAAUCAGGGAAGAAAUGUCUCCGUGGUUUUUUUAUAUUAGUUUACGUUGUUCGAUACUUAUCUCCUUCGUGUGAAACGGACCUCAGUAAUUCAACGAUGAUUUUCUC